AUGAGCGCAGUUCUGAAGCCCGUGGCCGGGAUUGGGAGGAUGGCCAUUCCAAGGUUUACCGCCAGCUCAGCGACUCCAGAGAGGGUCAUAGAAGCCUUGCGGUCCCAAGGAUGUGCCAUCAUCGAGGAGCUCAUUCCCGAGAGCCGUAUGGCCCGCAUCUCACGUGAGCUGGAGCCCCACGUCAGCGCAAGGGCUAUGCCAGCUGAUGGCGCACAGGUGAUGCUGCCCGAGCAUGCAGAUUUCAUGGGCAACCGAACCAAGCGGAUGCUGGGGGUUCUUGGAAAAGCCCCAAGCAUGUCUGAGCUGGCUGCGCACCCAACGGUCCUGGGCGUUGCAGAUGCACUUCUUGCACCUUACUGUGAACGUAUUCAGCUCCACAUCGGCAUGUUCCGGCGACUCUGUCCAGGUGAGGCCAAGCAGCCUCUGCACCAAGAUCGCCACAGUGUUCCGGCCAUGGACCUCAAGCCGGGACCGGGCCAGCCCGGCUACUUCCCCGGUGCGCAGUGGGGUGUUGCAGCACUCUGGGCUCUCUCUGACUGCACCGAGAUGAACGGAGCCACAAGGCUGAUCCCAGGCUCUCACCUUCGAGACGACGUGAAUCUCGACAUGACUCUGAAAAGAACUCAAGCGGAUGGUCGAUGGGUGCCCAGCGAGGAGGAUUGUGUCUUGGCAACCAUGCCUCGGGGCAGCGUUCUGCUCUACCCUUCGGCCACCGUCCAUGGGGCCUCGGCCAACCGAACCGAUGGCAUUCGGGACGUGUGCCUGUUCGCCUACUCUCCUGCAUGGGUCCGGCAAGAAGAGAAUAUGUAUCUGACAACGCCACCUGAAGUUGCAGUGAAGCUACCUCCAGUUGUGCAGGAGCUCAUCGGCUAUUCUCUGCAUGGGCAGGUGCUUGGCAUGGUGGACGUUAAAGGCGACAUGGGUGAUCCCCAAGAUCUACUGAAGGAGAAGUACCGCAGCUCAGUGUCCGAAAGAACCAGUGCUUCACUUCCGGUUCUGAGUCGCCGGGACAUGCAGUGCCCCGGCACUCGCAAGGCCUUUGCAGCUUCCCUUCGGGCGGCGUGCGAGCACAGCGGUUUCCUCUACCUGGCAGAUCAUGGCUUAGACAAACA